AUGAUUAGCGUCGCGCCACUGUCCAAAGCCCUCAGUAAGAAUCCGCUUCCAGCGCAUAAGUUCAUCCGGCGUGGAGCAAGUGAACUGGAGCAUGCAAGCGGUUGGCUUUUCAAGGAUGAGAAAGAAACUCAAUCCCCUAUUGGAGCAUUCUCGAAAGUAACCAUAGGCGUUGCCCCAGAACAACGGAAAAGGCUGCAGGGGAUGAACAGUGUAGUGGAAAGUUAUGUAAAAGAGGAAAGGGAAAAGAAGGAGACGAUAUUUAGGAUUACUUUAGCAUUUAAAAAUUUGGUGUUAAUGAGUCUAAAAUGCCUCACUAUCCAUUUGGUUUGA